GAAAAGUUAUCAGAAGUUGUGAUGUUCAUUGACAUCAUUAAAAGUUUUGAUAACAAUGCAAAUGUUAGGAUGCUUUUUAGGGAACAGUGUGAACAUUUUCGCUCCAUACUGAAUAAUGAUGAUGAAAUUAUAGAAAUGAGUGAAUUUUCUUAUCCUGUUUACCGAGCCUUCCUGGAAUACCUGUACACAGACAACAUCAGGCUCCCACCUGAAGAUGCUAUAGGGCUGCUAGAUUUGGCAACACUGUACAGAGAAAACAGAUUGAAAAAGCUUUGCCAGCAAACAAUCAAACAAGGCAUUUGUGAAGAGAAUGCCAUUGCUCUUCUUUCUGCUGCUGUCAAAUAUGAAGCUCAGGACUUGGAAGAAUUUUGCUUCAGAUUUUGCAUAAACCAUUUAACUGUUGUUACACAAACUCAAGGCUUUGCAGAAAUGGACCACGACCUCCUGAAAAACUUCAUUAGCAAAGCAAGCAGAGUGGGAGCAUUCCGAAAUUGA